AUGACUUGGAACCCAACGGCAUUCCGUGAACAUUCCUUCAAGCGCACAUUUUGGGCUUUCCCCUCAUCUGGCAGGGUUUCGCCAAGAGGCUACCCCUCCAUGGGCGAGGUCUCAUCACUAGCUGACUUGCCGGUUGCCGCUGCAAUUGCUCGGAGUCUCUCAAGACGCAAGACACUGAAUGUCAAUCGUCAUUCAGCGGAUGGCAAAAACAAUAUAAAUGGCGAUUCAAGACAGCGCGUUGUUUCUGCGGAAGUGGCACCAAGGACGAGCACCGAGCUCAAGCUCCAGCUCCCCUCCACUUUGUCCUCGUCUUCUCGGGGCUGGGGUCCUAGCUCCCGCCGUGAAAGGUGGUGGGGUGAUGUCUGCAGGAUUGACACUUGGCGGGGUGUGUCAGGCCCCCCAGUGAACCGGGGUUGCCAGGCUUAUUGUGGCACACUCGCCAUGAAUCAGCUGCUUCUGGAUCUGGGCGAGGAGCCGGCCGGGUUCCGCACCAUUGGCCAAGGGCAGAAGGCGUCCGGGUUCACUGCUAGGCUCGCCGGGCCUGUCAUUCAUACCCCUUGCCGGCUAACUGACGACGUCCUUGUUUCGAUAUUCGUCUGGCUCCUCCGGGACAGUAUUGUCAUUACCAACGCCGUUGGUGCAGCUAAUGAUCGGGCCAUCAGUGAACUGGUCGACCAGACAAGCGAAUCGAGAGAAAAGGCUGGUCGUUCUAAGCCGGUUGCACGGGGGCACCGGCACUGGUUGCGAUAG